AUACUGGUCAGUUUGGAUUUGGCUUGCUCAUCAGUCGUUAUCGUUUGAUGUACACUAGUGGACGUAUUUACGUCCUGUUAACGGUAUUAACGUACGGUCGUUGUUUUAGACGGUUAUUGUGUUAGAUUAUUGUGUCCUGUGUUAGAAUUAAGUCGCCCAGAUAACGGAUACACUCUUGCAGUCAUCUGAAUUGUUCCGUUGGAUGUGCACCUUGACCAGUUUGCUAGAAGAGGGCGUCGGAUGAUCGUGUGUGCGCGUAAGUUGUCAGUGUGCAUGUGUGCGUGUGUCGAAGGCGGAGGGCAUUCUAGUGUUCCGCUAUUCUGAAAAUGUUCUGUUCGAAUCUCUUCAAUCAAACGUCGGUCAGCAAAUUCUAGCAAAUGUUGCGCCGGGGCUCGGGUCGUUUAGUGGCGGCAGGCGCGUUGCUGCUGACCGUGGUCGUCUGCGUCUAUUUCACCGGCCUCGGCUCGUCAGGGGGCCUUGACCAGCCGCCCCCGGACGCAGGGGGUGUCGCCGCCCCCUACAGGAGCACGUCGGUGGUCAGUGAUGAGGCGGCGCCGGCGGUUAGUGAGGGUAGCGUCGCGACGCCCGCGGCAGAACAGCGGUGCUUGGCGGAACCGGAUUUCACGGUCGCCCGUGACGUGUGUCCGUACAUCCAUACCGCUGCCGCCGAUGUGAAGACCAUCGAGCAAUUCAACAAGUUCGACUUCCAGCCUUACUGGAUGAAAAGCCGUGAAUACUGGGACAAUAAGUUCGAGGAUCGCUACAAGAGGAAGAAACAAGAAUGGCCGAAGCUUCCAUUGAAGGUGAUAGUAGUGCCUCACAGCCACAACGACCCUGGUUGGCUGAAGACAUACGAGAGCUAUUACCACUACCAGACCAGGAACAUCCUAAACAAUAUGGCCGACAAGCUGACCACCCUCAAGAACAUGACUUUCAUCUGGUCGGAGAUAUCCUUCUUCUCACAUUGGUGGGAAAGUGCACAUCCAAAUAAAAGGAGAACAGUGAAGAAGUUACUGGAGGAGGGAAGACUGGAAAUCACGACUGGAGGGUGGGUGAUGACUGACGAAGCGACCGUCCACAUCUAUGCCAUGCUCGAUCAACUCAUUGAAGGCCACCAAUGGGUCCGCAACAACCUCGGAGUGGAGCCGAAAUCGGGCUGGUCGAUAGACCCGUUCGGCCACGGGUCAACGGUGCCCUACCUGCUGAAGGCGUCGGGUGUGAACGGGGGCACUGUCAUCCAACGGGUGCACUACGCCUGGAAGCAGUGGCUCGCAGAACAGCAGAUGGGCGACUUCAUCUGGCGGCAGACCUGGGACAACCAGGGGCUCACAGACAUCCUCACUCACAACCAACCCUUCGAUAUCUACUCCAUCAAACACUCCUGUGGCCCACACCCUCAAGUCUGCCUCAACUUCGAUUUCCGGAAGAUCGCCGGGGAGUACACGGAGUACUCCCUACGUGCCGUUCCUAUCGAUGACGAAAACGUGAAACAGAAAGCUGAGUUGCUUUUGGAACAGUACGGGAGAACUGGGUCACUGUUCGAACACAAUGUCGUGAUGAUGCCGUUGGGAGACGACUUCCGAUACGAUCACGACAUUGAGUGGGACCAGCAGUACCGCAACUACAAACGCUUGUUCGACUACAUCAACAAACACAAAGAUGUGUACAACGCUGAGGUACAGUUCGGCACCCCCCACGACUACUUCCAAGCCGUCAAAGACCGUAUGAAACAGUUCAAAGUACUGAGCGGCGACUUUUUCGUGUACAGUGACAUAUUCUCCGAAGGACGCCCCGCCUACUGGAGUGGGUACUUCACGACCCGUCCCUACUGGAAAAUACUCGAUCGUGAACUAGAAGCUAACCUACGCUCAGCUGAAAUCCUCUACACUUUCGCUCUAAAUCGUGCGCGUCGUCUGGCGUACAACAGCACCGUCAAAGUUUUGGAGCGCGAUUAUGAGAAGUUGUCAAGAGCCAGACAGAACCUCGCGCUGUUCCAACAUCACGACGCCAUCACGGGGACAUCAAAAGCGUACGUCAUGCAUGAUUACGCUUUGAAGAUCUUUGAAAGCAUUCAAGAAAUGCUGUUCGUUCAAGGGUUUGCUGCUCAAAGUUUGUUAACCAAACCGGAAGUUGGGAGUGAGCCGAUUGUUUAUCCUUCCAGUCGAUUCAUAGUUCCUGAUAUUGAUCGAGAAUCCUACGAGAAACCUCCUCGCAAAGUUCCUCUCACUGUCAAAAAGAAUGAGCCUAGAAAAGUAAUACUCUUCAAUUCUCUAGCACAGUACAGACAAGAUAUCAUCAAAGUGAAGGUGACAUCUCCCAAGGUGAGAGUUCUAGACUCGGAAGGUAAACCAGUUGUGUUUCAAGUUAGUCCAGUUUGGGAGAAAAUGGAACCCACCAGUAGUAGAGACAACAACAACAAUAGAAUGAGAUCGCAAGGAGAGCCUUCUCAAACAACUCCCUCUCUAAAAAUAUCCAACAAUAAGUUCGAAUUGAUGUUUGUUGCGGAUUUAGCUCCUCUUUCAUUGAAUAUCUACACGAUUGAGCAUAAUCAGGGUAAAAACUUUGAGUCGAGAGCUGUGGUUUAUUGUAAAGACUGUAAGAAACACACAGAGUUCAAUGUGAAGAACACACAGCCAGGCGAUAUUCAACUGGAGAACCACGAUUUGAAACUGUUGAUUGACGGGAGGUCCGGUUUUCUAAGAGCAGUCACACAUAAGGCAACUGGGAAAACUACACAGUGUUCUAUACAAUUUGCUGCCUAUCCUUCAGCUCAGUUUCAUAGCGGAGCGUAUUUAUUUAUGCCGGAUCCCAACUCUCGUGAAACAGAGAAGGAGAUAUUGGACGAGUAUCCUAAUCAGAGGAUAUUCAUCACAUCGGGGCCGGUUUCAUCAGAGUUGACAGUGAUCUAUGGGAACUUGUUGAUGCAUUCUAUAAGGAUUUACCAUACACAGGGCCCGUACAACCAGGGCAUACAGAUUGAGAAUGUGAUCGACUUUGAAGCGCCGCCGAAAAACCGGGAAACUGAGUUGUUUAUGAGGGUGGUGAGUGAUAUCAGUAACGGGGAUCCACCUGAGUUUUACUCGGAUCUGAACGGGUUCCAGAUGCAAAGGCGGAUGAAGGUGGAGAGGAUUGGGAUAGAGGGGAAUUAUUUCCCGAUUACGACCGCGGCGUAUAUUCAGGAUGCUACAAGGAGGUUGACUUUGUUAGUGAACCAUGCACAGGGAGCAUCCUCCUGGCAGCCAGGUUGGUUAGAGGUGAUGUUGGACAGGAGGACUCUGUACGAUGAUUCAAGGGGGAUGGGAGAGGGGGUUGUCGAUAAUAAAAGGACAACCUCCAAGUUUUGGUUGUUGUUGGAGGAUGCCUGGGAGACAUCCGAGUAUUCAAAACCUAGUUUGUUGAGUAAUCAUCUGUCGGCUUCGCUCCUGUAUCCGCCAGGGUUGUUUGUGGUUGAGGAACCUCCAGGUGACGACGAGAUGACACCUCAUAGACGCCGACCGACGCUGAGGAACAACGUGCACCUGGUGUCACGACCGCUACCGUGCGACGUGCACCUACUCACCCUCCGCACCGUAUCUGAUCAAACCUUCACCCAGUUCCCCUCCAACUCGGCCCUCAUGGUGCUGCAUCGACAGGGCUUCGCUUGCAACGUACCCUCCUCCCUCCCAAAGUGCUCCAUUUCCUCCGGUAAUCGGACUGCCUUCCAUACGAGGACGUUCUUUUUCGACCUCAAAUUCGAGUCGAUUGUGCAGACCACGCUGACUGGUUUGCGACAAAUCUCGCGACAGUUGAGCUUCGACGAUGUGCACCUUUCGCCCAUGAACCUGCUCACGCUCAACGUUACCUUUAGUCCUUGAAGCUAUUCACCCGACUAACCCAGUGACUGUGAUUCGAAUAGUGAAGAUUGGCACGUGGAGUGAUCUACACAUGUAAAGUAACGUUAUGUGUUGUUGUGAAGGUGAUCUUGUAGUAGAUAUCCAUAUUGAAUUAAAACGACUUGAUAUUAUCAAUACCACUAAUUUAUUAGAACAGUUCGAGAUACUAGUUCCGAUUGCUACAACUAUGUUCCGUUUUGAUUUGAUUUGUUACACCAUUAUCUCUAUAAAUCUCCAUUAAUGUAAUCAAUCUCCAGUAAACUCUACCAAACUAUAAGUUUACUGGAGAUUGAUAAUAGUAUAACGUCUUCUAAAAAUAAUAUUCGUCCACUUUAGGUUGAAUUUUGUUUUAUUUUUGACGAUUUGCUUAGUUGUAUUGUACGGAUUAAAAUGCAAUGAAGAUGUUUUUUAUUUUCUAUUUUAACUCUACUCAACUAUCUGUGUAUUGGAGAUUGAUAAUGGUGUAGCCUAGCAACCGAAACCAGUAUCUCAAAUUGUUUCAACAAACUAGCGGUUUUGACAAUACCAAGUAGUUUUUAUUAAAAUGUGAAUUA